AUGCUCGGCGCGUCGAGCAGCGAGGACGAGGACGAUGAGUUUAUCGAGCCGCAGGAUAAUCGAAACCAAAAGCGUUCUUUUCUCUCUGGCCCAACGAUCAGUCCCCGUUCGGCUUCUCCAGCUCCAUCAGACAGCGUUUCACAAUGUAACUCGUUAAAGAGAGACAACUCGCUUGGACCGAAAAGAAAUGAUUCGAUUGGCGCACAGACACCGCAAAGACAGGCAAGAACCGUCUCAACAAUCUCUCGACCAAUCAUGCAAUCAUCACAAGAGAUUUCCGAUGAAGAUGGGAAUCAAGGAAGAGCUUCCCGUGAAUCCAGGAGAAGAAAACUUGUCUCGAGAGGAGUUGGAAAGGAUACGCGC